AUUUCGAUCCGAAUUAAUGACGUAAUUGACAUUUGUCGACUUCAAAGGCUUGCGAUUGUGCUGCGACCGCUGCGACUCCUGCACAGAAGUUGUACUGAAUGAACAAGAGCAAAAAGAGCCAGAAGAGCUGAAUUGAUCCAAUUGGGUUGUACAAUAGGAAAUUGAUCGUAUUUGAUACUGAGUUGUGAUUAAUAAGCACGUGUUGGGGAUAUAAUAACCUGUAUGACUUUCUUGGCUUCGGAUGGAUAAUUAGAAAUUAUUAGAACAAUUUUUUUAAUUUAACUCCAUAAAAUGGACUGGAAAAGUUCUUUGCAGGCAGAUGACUGUAAUGACCUUCGACGAGCACAUGUCAAGGGUAAGGCAAAGAAAGCAAGGAAAAUAGCUCAACAAAGAUUUGCCCAAAUGAAGAAAAUGAUAAGCCAGAGUGAUCCAAGAAUAAAGGAAGAGAAACGGGCACUUCCAAAAAAGAAGAAACGAGAGGAUCCACAUGAAAUAAAGGUUCGGGAAGUACCACAAGCUUCAACAGCUCUGUUCUUUCAAUACAAUACACAGCUGGGACCACCAUACCACAUCCUUAUUGAUACAAAUUUUGUCAACUUUUCUAUAAAGUAUAAAUUGGAUAUCAUACAGAACAUGAUGGACUGCCUCUAUGCUAAGUGUAUUGCUUACAUCACUGACUGUGUGGUGGGUGAGUUGGAGAAACUGGGACAGAAGUACAGAGUGGCACUUAAGAUCAUCAAGGAUCCCAGGUUUGAAAGACUCACAUGCCUACACAAGGGAACAUAUGCAGAUGAUUGUCUUGUGCAGCGAGUUAUGCAGCACAAAUGCUACAUUGUAGCAACCUGUGACAGAGAUCUGAAAAGAAGGAUACGCAAGAUUCCAGGGGUGCCAAUUAUGUACAUCUCCCAGCAUAGGUACACAAUUGAGCGGAUGCCUGAUGCAUAUGGUGCUCCAAAGACAUGAAUUUGUACCUGUUUUGUAUAAAUAAAGCAUGUAUAAAUAAAAAGUUGCACCUUUUUAUUUGGAGUAUGUGGAAUAACUACAUAAGCAACAAAGACAAUUUUAGUUCCAUUAAUUUUCAU